GGCUGGUGGCGGCGGCGGCGGCUACAGCGGCGACCUGGGGAUCGAGCUGGAGGGACCCGGGGCGUGCAGGAGACCUCUUGCUCGAACGCGAGGGACCUCCCACCGGGAUGCCUGGGGAGCAGAUGGACCCGACUGGAAGUCAGUUGGAUUCAGAUUUCUCACAGCAAGACACUCCUUGCCUAAUAAUUGAAGAUUCCCAGCCUGAAAGCCAGGUUCUCGAAGAUGAUUCUGGUUCUCACUUCACGAUGCUCUCUCGCCACCUUCCUAAUCUGCAGGCACACAAAGAGAACCCCGUUUUGGAUAUUGUGUCCAAUCCUGAACAAACCACUGGAGAAGAGCAAGGAGGCAGUAAUAGUGGGUUCGGUGAACAUAUGAAAGAAAAAGCUGCAGAACCCAUGGAUUCUUCUCAUUUGGACACAUGCGAUUCCAUCAGUCAGGUGAUAGAACAGUUACCUCAGCAAAACAGGACAAGCAGUAUUCUGGGACUGUCGGUAGACUCUGCUCCUGUGGUGGAGGAGAAGGAAGAAGUGACAGAAGAGAAAGAGAAAGACGAAAAGGAAGAAGAUAAUCUAGAUGAGAUCACACAUUCCCUUGGUGCUGAAGAUCCUGCUUCAUCACAAUUGGGCUUUGGUGUUUUGGAACUUUCCCAGAGCCAGGAUGUUGAAGAAAAUACUGUGCCAUAUGAAAUAGAAAAAGAACAUGUACAGUUAGCAGCCACCAACUCUGUCUAUACUGGGCUAUCUGAUGUGGAUACUAAUAUUGCAGUGAAGCUUGAAGAGCAAUCUAAUGAAGCUAUCCCCAUGGUAGAACAACUCAACAAAGAUAUCCCUUUGGUAGCACAUCCCAGUAAGGAUGUAAAUCUGGCAGAAGAGCAAAAUCUCCUACCUGCAAGGUCAGAGGAUAUGCCUACUAGUCCCAAAGUAUCUCUUGCGAUGGAAGAAAAAGAACAGCUAUCUGCUCAAGAACUUCUGGAAAGUGGACUGCAGAUUCAGAAGUCACCAGAGCCUGGGGUUUUGUCAACUCAGGAAGACUUGUUUGACCAGAGUAGUAAAACAGGUACAAAGAAUGUAGCUUCUGAAGAUUGUGCUACACCUUCAAGGGAAGAAGGCAUGUGUUCUCUGGCUUCCACACCAGCCACUACCCUGCACCUUCUGCAGCUUUCUGGCCAACGGUCCAUUGUUCAGGAGAGUCUUUCUACGAAUUCUUCAGAUCUUGUUGCUCCUUCCCCUGAUGCUUUCCAGUCUACACCUUUUAUCGUCCCCAGCAGUCCUACAGAGCAAGAAGGGAGAAAAGAUGAUCUGAUGGAUAUGUCAGUGUUACCUGAAGAAGGAGAGUCUUUUCAGAAGAAAUUUCCAGGAGUGGAGAUGGAAAAUCCUCCUCUUCCAGCUGAGCCCAUUAUAUCACCACAAGCCUCAACACCAGUGUCUCAGAGCACGCCAGUCUUCACUCCUGGGUCACUUCCUAUCCCAACCCAACCUGAAUUCUCUCAUGACAUUUUCAUUCCGUCUCCAAGUUUAGAAGAACCAUCAAAUGAUGGGAAGAAAAGUGGGGAUUUGCAUAGUUCCUCUUUGACUGUUGAGUGUUCUAAAACUUCAGAAAUUGAACCAAAGAAUUCCACUGAGGAUAUUGGGCUAUCUCUGACAGGGGAUUCUUGUAAAUUGAUGCUGUCUGCAAGUGAGUAUAGUCAGUCCCCAAAGAUGGAGAGCUUGAGCUCUCAUAGAAUUGAUGAAGAUGGAGAAAACACACAGAUUGAGGAUACAGAACCGAUGUCGCCUGUUCUUAAUUCUAAGCCUGUUCCUGCUGAAAAUAAUAAUAUCUUAAUGAAUCCAGCACAAGAUGAACAAAUAGAACUGAGUCAGAAUGAUGACAGAGCAAAGGGAGAUGACAUAGAAACUAGAGAUGACAUAGAAACCAGAGAUGACAUAGAAACCAGAGAUGACAUAGAAACCAGAGAUGACAGCAUUUUAACCACUGAUUGCAAAGGCAGAGAAGAUAGUGUAGCAGAAGAUGUUUGUAUUGAUCUCACAUGUGAUUCGGGGAGUCAGGCAGUUCCUUCUCCAGCUACUCGAUCUGAAGCACUCUCUAGUGUGUUAGAUCAGGAAGAAGCUAUGGAAAUGAAAGACCCUCAUCCAGAGGAGGGCUCGACAGGAUCUGAUGUAGAAGAAAUCCCUGAGACCCCUUGUGAAAGUCAAGAAGAGGAGCCUAAAGAGGAAAAUAUGGAGAGUGACCCAUUGCAUCUUUCUCUCACUGAAACCCAGUCCCAAGGAUUGUGUCUUUCAAAGGAAAUUGCCAAACAGGAAUGCCAGGAAGCGAUGGAAGUUGAAGCCAGUGUGAUUAGUAUUGACUCCCCUCCAAAACUCCCAGUACUUGAUCAAGAAUUGGAACACAAGGAUCAGGAAGCUUGGGAAGAAGCCACUUCAGAGGACUCAAGUGUUGUCAUUGUAGAUGUGAAAGAACCAUCUCCAAGAGUUGAUGUUUCCUGUGAACCUUUAGAAGGAGUAGAGAAAUGCUCAGAUUCCCAGUCAUGGGAGGAUGAUGCUCCCGAAAUUGAACCAUGUGUUGAGAAUAGGUCCGAUACCCAAGAGGAAAAGAGUGCAGACUGUGAAAGAGAUUUGAAAUCAGUGACCGAAGAAAAGGAACUUAUUGAGGCAGACUCUCCACAGCCUCUCCUGACUGACCCGAAAACAGAUGAUGCUCCGAGACCUAUUGAGGAGAUGCAGCAGACUCAGUCUCAAGAUAAAAGAGUCUCCUUAAAAGAAGACUCAAAAAUGGCUAAUGCAAACCAGCUGGGCACAGGCGUAGAGGCCCAGCAACUGGAGAAGGCUUCUGCUCAUGCCUCUCAAAGCUUCUGUGAAAGCUCUAGUGAAACUCCAUUUCAUUUCACUUUGCCUAAAGAAGGUGAUAUUAUCCCACCAUUGACAGGUGCAACUCCACCUCUUAUUGGGCACUUAAAAUUGGAGCCCAAAAGACACAGUACUCCUAUUGGUAUUAGCAAUUAUCCAGAAAGCACUGUAGCAACCAGUGAAGUGAUGUCUGAAAGCAUGGUGGAGACAAAUGAUCCCAUACUUGGGAAUGAAAAAGGAGAUUCUGGGACUACCCCAGAAACAGAUAAGUUGUGUCUAAGAAUGAAACUUGUUAGUCCUGAGACUGAGGCAAGUGAAGAAUCUUUGCAGUUUAGCCUGGAAAAGCCUACAAUUGGUGAAAGAAAAAGUGCAUCUGCUGCUGUUGCUGAGGCUGUUGCCAGUCCUCAGAAGACCAUGUCUGUGUUUAGCUGUGAAACUCAGCAAGAUGAUGAAAGUCGAAGUCAUGAGUCCCCCUCUGCACCCACCAGGGAGAAUUUGCACCACCUCCCAAGCACUCAAGAAGAAAAGGAAAAAUUGGGAAGUGAUGAGAGGACCAGACAGAGUCAACAGUCUGUGAAGUCCAGUAGUCCUUCUAGGCUUUCUACUUUUCCUGUCUCCCAGAAUAUGGUCACACAGGGCCCAUCCAGUCCUCAUGGGGAAGCAAUGGAGACAGGUGUCCUAGAAGGACAACAAGAAGGACAAAACAGUGAUCAGGAUAAACCUCUUAAGGCCUUAGUUGAAAGGCCCAGCCAAAAUAACAUAGGAAUCCAGACAGUAGAGCAUUCCCUUUGGGUCCGAGAAACUGUUUCAGCAGCAACCCAGACUGUAAAGAAUGUUUGUGAACAGGGGACAAGUACAGUGGACCAGAACUCUGGAAAACAAGAUGCCACAGUUCAGACUGAGAAGGGGAGUGGUGAGAAACCAGUCAGUGCUCCUGGUGAUGAUACAGAGUCGCUGCAUAGCCAGAGACCUCUUUUCAGAAGACUAUUUGGAAGAGAGAUAGUUUUUCUUCUCAGAUGUCGUGAUGUGGGAUUUAUUCAGGGAGAGGAAGAGUUUGAAAUGCCUCAGCCUCCACACGGCCAUGUCUUGCAUCGCCACAUGAGAACAAUUCGUGAAGUUCGCACACUUGUCACUCGUGUCAUCACAGAUGUUUAUUAUGUGGAUGGAACAGAAGUUGAAAGAAAAGUGACUGAGGAGACCGAAGAGCCAAUUGUAGAGUGUCAGGAGUGUGAAACUGAAGUUUCUCCUUCACAGACUGGGGGUUCCUCAGGCGAUCUGGGGGAUAUCAGCUCAUUCUCCUCCAAGGCCUCCAGCUUACACCGUACAUCAAGUGGGACAAGUCUCUCAGCUAUGCACAGCAGUGGCAGCUCAGGGCGAGGAGCCGGACCACUCAAAGGGAAAACCAGCGGGACAGAACCCGCAGAUUUUGCCUUGCCCAGUUCCCGAGGAGGCCCAGGAAAACUGAGUCCUAGAAAAGGGGUCAGUCAGACAGGGGCGCCAGUGUGUGAGGAGGAUGGUGAUGCAGGCCUUGGCAUCAGACAGGGAGGGAAGGCUCCAGUCACGCCUCGUGGGCGCGGGCGAAGGGGCCGCCCGCCUUCUCGGACCACUGGAACCAGAGAGACAGCUGUGCCUGGCCCCUUGGGCAUAGAGGACAUUUCACCCAACAUGUCACCGGAUGAUAAAUCUUUCACCCGCAUUGUGCCCAGAGUGCCAGAGCCCACCAAGCGAGCAGAUGUAGGUGCUGGUGCUUUGCGUCGGAGCGACUCCCCGGAGAUUCCUUUCCAGGCCACUGCCGGCCCUUCUGACGGCCUAGAUGCCUCCUCUCCAGGGAACAGCUUUGUAGGACUCCGUGUUGUCGCCAAAUGGUCAUCCAAUGGUUAUUUUUACUCUGGAAAAAUCACACGAGAUGUGGGAGCUGGGAAGUAUAAAUUGCUCUUUGAUGAUGGGUACGAGUGUGAUGUGUUGGGCAAAGACAUUCUGCUGUGUGACCCCAUUCCAUUGGAUACUGAAGUAACAGCCCUCUCAGAGGAUGAAUAUUUCAGUGCAGGAGUGGUUAAAGGUCAUAGGAAGGAGUCUGGAGAGCUGUACUACAGCAUUGAAAAAGAAGGACAAAGGAAGUGGUAUAAGCGAAUGGCUGUCAUCCUGUCCCUGGAGCAAGGGAACAGACUGAGAGAGCAGUAUGGCCUCGGCCCAUAUGAGGCAGUAACACCCCUCACCAAGGCGGCAGAUAUCAGCUUAGACAAUUUGGUAGAAGGAAAGAGGAAACGGCGCAGUAACAUCAGCUCCCCGACUACUCCGGCUUCUAGCAGUAGCAGCACAACCCCUACUCGUAAGGUCACAGAAAGCCCUCGAGCCUCCGUGGGAGUUCCUUCGGGCAAAAGGAAACUUAUCACUUCUGAAGAGGAACGGUCCCCUGCCAAGCGAGGCCGGAAGUCUGCUACUGUGAAACCUGGUGCAGUAGGGGCAGGAGAGUUUGUGAGCCCCUGUGAGAGUGGAGACAACAUCGGUGAAACGUCUGCCCUGGAAGAGCAGAGAGGGCCUUUGCCCCUCAACAAAACCUUGUUUCUGGGCUAUGCCUUUCUCCUCACCAUGGCUACAACCAGUGAUAAGUUGACCAGCCGUUCCAAACUGCCAGAUGGUCCUACAGGAAGCAGUGAAGAAGAGGAGGAAAUUUUAGAAAUUCCUCCAUUCAACAAGCAGUACACUGAAUCCCAGCUUCGAGCAGGAGCUGGCUAUAUUCUUGAAGACUUCAAUGAAGCCCAGUGCAACACGGCCUACCAAUGUCUCCUAAUUGCGGAUCAGCACUGUCGUACCCGGAAGUACUUCCUGUGCCUUGCCAGUGGGAUUCCUUGUGUCUCUCAUGUCUGGGUCCAUGACAGUUGCCAUGCCAACCAGCUUCAGAAUUACCGAAAUUACCUGCUGCCAGCUGGGUACAGCCUUGAGGAACAAAGAAUUCUGGAUUGGCAACCCCGAGAAAACCCUUUCCAGAAUCUGAAGGUACUCUUGGUAUCAGACCAACAGCAGAACUUCCUGGAGCUCUGGUCUGAGAUUCUCAUGACUGGGGGGGCAGCGUCUGUGAAGCAGCACCAUUCAAGUGCCCAUAACAAAGAUAUUGCUUUAGGCGUGUUUGAUGUGGUGGUGACGGACCCUUCAUGCCCGGCCUCGGUGCUGAAGUGCGCUGAAGCAUUGCAGCUGCCUGUGGUGUCACAGGAAUGGGUCAUCCAGUGCCUCAUUGUUGGGGAGAGAAUUGGAUUUAAGCAGCAUCCAAAAUACAAACAUGAUUAUGUUUCUCACUAAGAAUACUUGGUCUUACUGGUUUUAUUCCCUGCUGUUGUGGAAAUUGUGUUUUAACCAGGUUUUAAAUGUGUCUUUGUGUGUAAUUGGAUUCUUUGCAUGGAUCUUGUAUAUAGUUUUAUUUGCUGGACUUUUAUGACAAAAUAAAUGUUGAAUCUCUUUGGUUGUAGUAA